CCUUUUUAGGUCUAGCGGUUGAAUGGACGGAUAAUUUUCUCUGUAUUUCUUGGAGUGACGGCGGUGGAGCUGACCGUGAAGUACUGCUACUAGUCGUCAUGGGUGGGAGUGAGAUGGGUGUGGGUAUUCGUGACGAAGAGGUCACAAGAAGUUCGUGUGACAUAUAUAGUCACGAUAGGCUUGGACUGCGCUCAGCGCUCGUACUGGACCAAUGAGACUUUUGUAAGGGAAAAAAAGAUUAAGAGGUGGUACUUGUGCGAUGUUAUAUAGGCUAGACUGCGGACUAGUGAUUCACAUUGUGGCAUGAAGUACCAGUGCUACCAGCGAGUGCAUUGGCCCAAUUGUCUUGUUCAAAGCGAUACUAGAACAAUAUCAGCUGAUAAGAUCAAAUGCAGCCGGUUCCAGAUCUGGCAACCGCUGGCAGAGAGUUGCGUUUUGUCUUGACCUUCAUCUCUCUCUCCUUCGACGAUGACCUCUAAAUUUGAAAAAGCUGUUGCAUACGUCCAAGGUCUGGACAAGGAUGGAGCGGGCCCUGAUGCCUCUGUCAAGCUGGAGUUUUAUAAAUUCUACAAGCAAGCUACUGUAGGAGAUGCAGAUCCGGCCAAGCAACCCUCUGUAUUUCAAUUCGUCGAGCGUGCUAAAUGGAAUGCUUGGAACGGUGUCAAGGGAAUGACGAAGAAGGAAGCGGAGGAGAAAUACGUGGAACAGCUUAUUAAAUACCUCAAGGAGAAUCACCCGAAUGAGAGCAUUCUGAAAGAGUUGGAAGGAUGAACUAUGUGGUGCACGUGGAUUGUAGGAAACUCGUGUUUUGUAAGAAGGAUGAGCCGAACACAUAGGAGUAUGGCGAAUGAGAACAGCAGCACGUUCUGAGCGAAGUUUAUUCUGAUAGGUGGCCACCAGAAGAUGAUGAAAGGGUGUUCGAGGACCUGUCAGAUGACGACUGCAGCUGCGGCUGUGGUCUUGCUGUGCGUCUGUGGUAAGUUUCGGCGCCCGUUUUUCAUUACCUGCCACCAAAUGAAGUGUUCGAUGGACGGAUAUGACAAAAGCCGACUUGCCGUGGCAGAUAUAUAACGUUGGUGGCCGACAUACGCUGAAUCGAAACAAAGUUUGAACAGCAACGAAUUAAU